AUGGCAAACGUGUAUUCCACAUCGCGAGAUUACACGAAACCGGCUAUCGACCAACGAAUCGCUCAAUUAGUGAAAAGAAGAAUUGGUGCACGGGAAGAUUUGCCCACGGAGAGUACAAAAGAGCGACUCGCAAAAUUCAAGGAGAUUCGUAACGCCAGGCAAGGAUUAUUAAAAAUUACACAUCGACACGUCUUGGAGACAGCGGCAUAUAUUUUGAAUACAGAUGCUGAAGUGCUGGAAGAAGGAGUUCUCGAUAAAGAUGAUUACGUAAAUGUAUUUAGCAAUUUUUUUGUCGAGGGCGGAAAACAAGCUAUUAUUGUCUAUUUUCAACCUAUGACUCCUCCGACAUUUGAAUCCGGGCGAUGGACCCCGCAAUUCAACAAAGAACAGCAAGUUAUACGUUGCUGCAUAACAGAUGGUACUACCGAAGAAUUUUCGGGCAAAUGCGUUAUAGUUUAUCGAUUAAAGUCAAAUCUUGAAUUUGGAAUGAAGCAAUUACUUGAUGAAACAUAUUACGCCUAUGCCGAAAUGGACCAUGCAUCACACAGUACACUGGCAGCUAUAUCUGAUUUAAUUUCGCGUUUACAUGGACGAACAUUAAUUGCUAAUACGCAAUGGGGAGAAUUGUCGAGAAGCGAAGCUGGCGAAAAGAUAAAGAACGAUUUUAUAGGCGAUUUUCGAGAUUUUUGUGAAUUUCUUGAUAUGACAAAGAUAGAUUUGGAAAAUAUUAUAUGCUUUCAAAUUAAUUGGGAUCUUUAUCAAAAGUGUUUGGCGCAGCUUGAAAAUAUUAGAGAGAACAUUUAUAAAUUGGACGUUAUCGAAGCAGCAGAGGCUGAUGUUAAAAUAUGGGAAAAAUUGAUGGAACGGGCCAUUGUCGAGAGUCAACAAUUGCGUAGGGAAACUGAAACUGUAGGGCCAUCCGUGGAACUUGCAUAUUGGAGGAGAUUGUUUGCUCAAUUUUCAUCGAUAAUAAAUCACAUGAAGUCUCCCUAUACUCAAUCAUUUAUACAACUAUUAACGGAAGCAAAAUCAAAAGUUGUUAAGAGAUGGAAGAUAUUAGGAGAUCAUGUAAUAAAGAUCCAUAUUCUAUCACAAGAUAACGUGAAAUAUUUAUAUGCCUUAGAAAAAUUUACACAGCCACUAUACAGAUUAGAUCCAACGAAAAUAGGAGAUCAUUUGCCCGCUCUCAUGUACGCAAUAAGAAUGAUUUAUACUACCUCGCGAUUUUUUAAUACAAGAAAGAUGGUAACCGCAGUAUAUGUAAAGAUAACAAAUCAAAUGAUAUUAGCAUGUAAAGCAUAUUUGACAGAAAAUGGAAAACUGAGCAUUUGGAAUGAGUCGAAACAUAUUAUGAUAUCUAAAAUAAAGGAUUGUAUUAAAUUAUGUGAGACAUAUCAUAAGUGUUACGACGAUAUGUGCAAAAAGGUCGAAGAAUCCGCAGACGAAAAGCCUUUUGAGGUAUCCAAAAUAUAUGUUUUUGGAAAGUUUGGCACUUUUAAAACGAGAAUAAUAAAAAUCAUGGAUAUCCUUGAAACAACACGAAUGUACUCAAUUCUGCACAGUUCGACCAUCGAAGGAAUUGACACAUACGCGCAAAAAUAUACAAACUAUUUUAAAAAAAUUUCCUCGCAAAAAUAUGAUCCUUUGAAUCACAGAAAACCAUAUUUUAAUUCUGAUUAUGAUGAAUAUAAAAAGAGUGUAGCGGAAAUGGAUGUGGAGCUUAGAACGUUCUUUUAUAAUCGUAUUUCUCUUCUACCAAAUAUAACUCAGAGUUUAGAAUUGAUAGCUAGAUUUAAAAAAUUAAAUCUCAAGCAACUAAGGAUUGAUAGAAAGUGUUUAGAACUCGUCACAAUGUUCGAACAAGAAAUUGAGAAUAUUCGCGAUAGAUAUAACGAGGAUAGAUCCGAUCCACCUAUACCAAGGAAUAUUCCACCUAUCACUGGUAGAAUUCUAUGGAUUCGGCAAUUGUAUAAACGUAUUGAGAUUCCUAUGAAUAUGUUUAGAUCGCAUCAAAGAGUAAUUACGUAUGACUCUAUGCAGAAGUGUGUUAAAAUAUAUAAUGCACUCGUCGGUGCGUUUAUUCAUUACGAGUUAAUAUAUCACAAAGCAUGGUAUGAUGCGGCUAAUAUUGUUCGUCUCGCAUUAUCAUCACCUAUGCUUGUGCGUCAUCCAAAAACAAAUAAAUACUGUUUAAAUUUCGAUUCUUACAUAUAUGAAGUAAUACGGGAAUCGGAACAUAUAUCUAAGUUUGGAUUAGAAGUACCAGAUUUUAUACAAAUUUUAAUGUUUUGCAAAGAUAAUAUAUUUUUAUCCUAUGAGAGAGUGAAAAAAUUGCUUCAGAGAAAUGAUUUCCUUAGACGCUCCAUCCCCAUCAUAUUUUUAAAUUUAAUGAAGCUUGGACUCGUCAACCUCGAAAUUGCUUUUUAUCCUUGUCUAUCAAUAAUUACGUGGUCCUCGUUAAAAAUUCCUAAAGUAUGCGCUAAGAUACAGGAAACGAUUCAGAACGCAGAGAUAUUUCUGAAAGAAGUGACAGAUAUGAAAGAAGCGAGGGUGGAUGAAGUAUUUGAAUCUAUUUCGGAAACAAUAUUACUUCAAAUAGAUGAACAACCGAAAAGUCCAGAACAAUUUUUAGCCGAUAACUUAGCUUUCCGAGAUAAAAUGGCAAUUGACUUGGAGGUAAAAUCUUCAAUAGCGGAGAAAGCUGUUUUCAUGAUUAUUAAUAAAUUUAUGGAUCUUGUAACUGAUCCUACCGUGCAAGAUAUUAAAUAUAAGUGGUUGGAUCUUGAAAAAAUACAAAAACAAGCGGGAUGCGAGAGCAAAUUGAUACAGGGACCUUUCGAGCCUGGCUUUGGUCUUAUCGAAAGAACAAAUAAAGUGAAAAUAAAUCAAGUGCAUAAUGAUUGCAUGGAACUUUUUUCAUAUUUCAAUAAUAAAUUGAUAGAAGUUUUAGUAAAGUGCACAAAGAAUUCUUUAGACUUAUUAAAGAAAAAAGCGACCAUGAUAAGCCUAUUAGUUGAAGAGUUUGAGCUAGAUAAGCUCGAACCUCCGAUUAUGAUGACAUAUUUCGUUUUACAAAUACCGAAUAUUAUAAUUAUCCCAUCGAUAGAAGAAUUACAGAACUACUUUGGUAAAGUUAUAACAAAUAUUGUAGAAACGCACAAGAAAGUGUUUGUAUGGGGACAACGAUAUUCUACAAAUAUGCAGCCUAAAGCGCUUGGUAAAGAAGAUCAUUUUAAUACCUAUUUUCAAAGUGUAUUAGAUCAUAAAGAUAUAAUAAGGAGCUCAAUGAGUCUACAAGGUUUAAUAUUAAUGUUGAGAGAUGAUGUUUCCAAAAUUGGCAAUUCAUAUUUGCGAUAUUCCUAUAUAUGGGCAGAGGAUAGAAAUGAUAUAAUACAAGCAUUUGUUGACUCCAAACCUUUUAUACAAGAAAUCAAAGAGAAAUUUAUAGAAUAUGAAGAUUUAAUGACAAAAAUAGAGAAUUUACCUGAUCGACACAUACUUGGUCCUCUUCAAAUUAAUACAAAUAAAUUGAAAUUAGCAUUCUUGGUUGAAGCAAGUGCGUGGAAAAGAUCAUUGGGUAUUAUUUUAUCAAAUAGUUACAAAAAAAAGUUGCAAACUGUGACAGACUAUAUUUCUGAAAAAAACAAAGUUCUCUCCAGAAAUAUUAAAGAUUUAGAAGAUGUUAGAGUUGCAAUGAAAUGCUUAGGGGAAAUACGAGACGACUUUAUAUUAUUAGACAUGGAACUGAUUCUAAUUGAAGAGACUUACACGUUGAUGGCAAAAUUCAAUAUAGAUAUAUUGAAAGAAGAUCAAGAUAUAGUAGACGGAUUGAGAUAUAAUUUUAGCAACAUGCUUUAUAUGGCGAAACAAGUUCAAGCAAUUAUAUGCGAGAUGCAAGAGCCAUUGAGAAAUGAACUUGUUAGUGGAGUUGCAAUUCUUAAAGAAAAAGUGGCUCAAUUCGAUAUAGAUUUUGAACUCAAUGGCCCAAUGGUUGAAGGAAUACCUGCAAAAGAAGCCAGCGAACGACUUAUCCUGUUCCAAGUACGCUUUGAAGAAUUAUGGGAAAGAUAUGAAACCUACAGCAGCGGUGAAAGUUUAUUUGGUAUAGAAAUAACGGAAUAUCCAGCUUUGCAACAGAGAAAAAGAGAGAUUAAUUUAUUGCAAAAAUUGUACACGUUGUACUUACAAGUUAUGCAUACUAUUGACAGCUAUUAUGAUAUUCCAUGGUCUGAAAUUGAUAUCGAGGCAAUCGAAACUGAAUUAUCCGAUUUCCAAAACAAAUGCCGAAGAUUACCGAAAGCUAUGAGAGAAUGGCCAGCAUAUAUUGAUCUAAAAAAGAAAAUCGAUGAUUUCAACGAAAUGUGUCCAUUAUUAGAGAUGAUGGCUAAUAAAGCUAUGAAAGACAGACAUUGGGAGAGAUUAUCUAAACUGUGUCAUUAUUUUUUUGAUGUGGAAUCUGAAACUUUUACCUUGGCAAACGUUGUGCAAGCACCACUGCUAAAAUACAAAGAUGACGUGGAGGACAUAUGUAUUAGUGCAAUAAAGGAACAAGAUAUCGAAUUCAAAUUGAAACAGAUAAUUGCAGAUUGGGCGAUUGUGAAUCUGCAAUUUUCCCUUUUUAAACAAAGAGGCGAAUUAAUGCUAAAAGGUAUUGAAACGGCUGAAAUAAUAGCAAUGCUUGAAGACAGUUUAAUGAUUAUAAGUUCCUUGAUGGCAAAUCGUUACAACGCACCGUUUAAGAAAGAGAUUCAGUUAUGGCAAACUAAGCUUAGUAAUACGUCAGAAAUAUUGGCGAAAUGGUUAACGGUGCAGAAUCUAUGGGCUUAUCUGGAAGCAGUAUUUAUCGGCGGUGAUAUAUCAAAGCAGCUGCCUACCGAAGCAAAGCGUUUUAAUACUAUUGAUAAAUCUUGGGUCAAGCUUAUGCUUCGCGCACGUGAGAAAUUGAACGCGGUGGAAACGUGUACUGGAGAUGAAACCAUGAGCCAGUUUUUACCUCAUUUGUUAGAACAACUAGAAUCGUGCCAAAAGUCUCUUAGCGGCUAUCUGGAGACAAAACGAGUUAUUUUCCCGAGAUUCUGCUUUAUAUCAGAUCCUACCUUGUUGGAGAUACUUGGACAAGCAGCGGAUUGUCACACAAUACAGAAUUAUCUUGAUGGAUUUUUCGAUAAUAUGGCAAAGCUAAAGUUUUCCGAAAAGGAAUAUGAGAAGAUUAUAGCAAUAUAUUCGAGGGAAAAUGAAGAAAUAAUAUUAGAAAAAGAAGUCGUAUGUACAGGAGGUGUGGAGAAUUGGCUAAAUACCUUGUUAACUGUCCAUAUACAAUCCGUGGGCGCCGUAAUUUCGUUAGGAUUGCAGUCAUUUUAUACGCCUGAAUUUGAUAUCUUGUCGUUGAUAGAAAAUUCUGUUUUACAAGUGGGUUUAUUAUCGUUACAAGUUUUGUGGACGCGCGAUACCGAAAUAGCAGUCACAACUUUCAAACGUGACAGGUCGAUAAUGAAAAGAACUAAUCAGUGGUUUCAAGAUUUAUUGAAUAGUCUUAUAGAAGUUACAGUUAAGGAUCUUACCAAAUAUUCUAGAGCAAAAUACGAAUGUUUAAUAACAAUACAUGUGCAUCAAAGAGACAUAUUUGAUGAUCUGUGUCGUUUCAAAAUUCGGAAUAUACACGAUUUUGUAUGGUUGAAACAAUGUCGAUUCUACUACGACGACGAAUCAGAGGAAGUCGCAAUCAGAAUAACCGACGUGGAAUUUACUUAUCAAAAUGAAUUUUUGGGUUGCACAGAUCGUCUCGCAAUUACGCCCCUUACAGACAGAUGUUACAUUACGCUAGCGCAGGCUGUGGGAAUGAAUUUCGGUGGAGCUCCCGCGGGCCCUGCUGGCACGGGUAAAACAGAAACAACGAAAGACAUGGGAAAAGCGCUAGGAAAAUACGUUGUUGUGUUUAAUUGCUCCGAUCAAAUGGAUUUUCGAGGUUUAGGCAGGAUAUUUAAAGGACUGGCACAGUCCGGUAGCUGGGGAUGUUUUGACGAAUUUAAUCGAAUUGAUCUACCAGUAUUAUCCGUUGCCGCACAACAAAUAGCAAUCGUACUUAAUACGCGAAAAGAACGAAAAAUGAUUUUCUUGUUUAGCGAUGGUGAAUUGUAUAAACUCAACUACGAAGUUGGAAUAUUUAUUACCAUGAAUCCCGGAUAUGCUGGUCGACAAGAAUUACCGGAAAAUUUGAAAAUACAAUUUAGAAGUGUGGCUAUGAUGGUUCCCGACAGACAGAUCAUAAUGCGAGUGAAACUUGCGGCAUGCGGUUUCAAAGAGAACAUAGUAUUAUCGCGGAAAUUUUUUACGUUGUAUAAAUUGUGCGAGGAGCAACUCAGCAAACAAGUGCAUUAUGAUUUUGGAUUAAGAAACAUUUUAUCGUGUUUACGGACGCUCGGUGCUCAAAAACGCGCGCAUCCUACCGAUUCCGAGGAGACCACACUUAUGAGAGUAUUACGUGAUAUGAAUCUAUCUAAAUUGGUGGACGAAGAUGAAUCUCUUUUCAUGUCGCUUAUUGAGGACAUGUUUCCGGGUAUUAAGCUAACAACGCAAACGUAUAAAGAAUUACAGAAAGCGAUUGCUAACGCUACAGUUGUUCUUGGCAUAAUGAAUCAUAGCGAAUGGAAUUUAAAAACUGUACAGCUAUACGAAACAUCGCUCGUUCGCCAUGGUUUGAUGGUUUUGGGACCAACGGGAUCUGGUAAAACGCAAUGCAUGUGGGCGCUAAUGAAAGCUUUAACAGAGAUUGGUUUACCACAUAAAGAAGUUAGAAUGAAUCCAAAAGCGAUAACUGCAUCACAAAUGUUUGGAAAACUCGAUGUUGCAACAAACGAUUGGACGGAUGGUAUAUUUUCUACUAUAUGGCGAAGAUCUAUGCAAGCAAAGAAAAUAGAGAAUUUAUGGAUCGUGUUGGACGGUCCUGUCGAUGCAGUAUGGAUUGAAAAUUUAAAUUCCGUUCUGGAUGACAAUAAAACGUUGACAUUAGCAAAUGGAGAUCGCAUUAUUAUGGCAGCGAAUACAAAAUUAGUAUUCGAACCUGAUAAUGUGGAUAACGCGUCUCCGGCAACAGUAUCGCGGAUGGGAAUGGUUUUUGUUAGUGCUUCUGUGCUAAAAUGGAAUUCAAUUUUAGAGGCUUGGCUUAAAAAAUGUUCCAACAAUGAAGCUGAAGUGUUACGAAUGUUGUUUAAUAAAAUAUACGGCGAUGCGCAUACGUUUGUUCAAACAAAGCUUCAUGCAAAAAUGAUGCUCUUAGAAGCGCUUUAUAUACGGCAAUGUAUUGACCUAUUGGAAGGUUUGAAUGUCGGAACUGCUGAUCCAACCAUAUUGCCUCAACAACAUAUCGAAAAACUCUUUCUGUUCUCUCUCAUGUGGAGUCUUGGUGCUGUAUUAGAGCUUGACGGGCGAUUCGCGUUACAAGAGUUUCUUGUAAAUCACGAAUCACAUUGUAACUGGCCAAGUUAUACAGAAGACGAGACUAUUUUUGAGUAUCUAGUAUCGGACGAAGGAAAAUGGGUACAUUGGAGUAGAAUGGUGCCAAUAUUCGAAUAUCCUCCAGAUCGUGUCUUGGAAUACUACUCUAUACUUGUGCCUAACGUCGAUAAUACAAGAACGUUAUAUCUAAUCGAUAUCAUAGCGAAGCAGGAAAAAGCAGUACUCUUAAUAGGAGAAGAUGGUACCGCAAAAAGCGUAAUGAUGAAAAGCUACAUGUCUAAGCAUGAUCCCGAAUAUCAUUUGAAUAAAUUUUUUAAUUUUUCUUCAGCAUCCACGCCUAACAUGGUUCAGCGUGUAUUUGAGAGUUACGUUGAAAAGAGAGUGGGUCUUACUUAUGGUCCUCCUGGUGGACGUAAAAUGAGCAUUUUUAUCGACGACAUAAAUAUGCCGACCAUAAACGAAUGGGGCGAUCAAAUUACAAACGAGAUUGUCCGUCAGUUAAUGGAAUACAAAGGAUUUUAUUCCCUAGAUAAACCGGGUGACUUUUGCACUAUGCAAGAUAUUAUGUUACUUGCCGCGAUGCGUCAUCCGGGUGGAGGACGAAAUGAUAUCCCACCGCGACUGAAACGACAAUUUAAUAUUUUUAAUUGUACAUUACCGUCUAAUAAAUCUAUGGAUACCAUUUUCAGCGUUAUUGGUCACGGCUACUUUUGCAUCGAGAGAUUUUCUGAAACUAUCGUCGAUUUCUUGCCGAAACUUGUACCAUUGACGAGAAUACUAUGGCAGCAAACCAAAACGAAAAUGUUACCAACUCCAGCAAAAUUCCAUUACGUUUUUAAUUUGCGUGAUCUGUCCCGUAUUUGGGAAGGAAUACUUAGAAUAGAAAGAGCCGAAUGCGAAUCUAUAACGACGCUGCUGAAAUUGUGGGAGCACGAAUGUAUACGCGUGAUAUCGGAUCGCUUCACCAAUGCUGAAGAUAAAGAAUGGUUUCAAAAUACGUUGAGGGAGGUUGCGGAGAAGAUAUUAGGACCAGAUUUCGAAUAUUAUUCUCCGACUGAGACCUAUUUUGUUGAUUUCUUGCGCGAACCACCAGAACCGACAGGUGACGAGCCGGAAGAUUUUGUAUUUGAGGCACCUAAGGUUUAUGAAGAAAUGCCGAGCUACGAUGUCGUUAUCGCGAAAAUUCAACAAAAUGUAGAGCAAUUUAAUGAAUACAUACGCGGCAUACGUCUUGAUUUGGUCUUCUUUCACGAUGCUCUGGUGCACUUGAUACGAAUAUCGAGAAUACUUGGAGUUCCCAGAAGCAAUGCAUUACUAGUGGGUAUCGGAGGCUCCGGUAAGCAGAGUCUGACGCGACUGGCGUCCUUUAUUGCGGGAUUUACCUUCUUCCAAAUAACAUUAUCUAGGAUUUAUAAUGUAGCUAGCUUGAUGGACGAUUUACGAAAGUUAUAUCGCAUCGCCGGUACUGGUAGCAAAGGCUUCACAUUUAUUUUUACCGACAAUGAAAUAAAAGACGAAGCAUUUCUAGAAUAUAUAAAUAAUGUGUUAAGCGUCGGCGAAGUGGCCAAUCUUUUUCCAAAAGACGAGUUAGAUGAUAUUUUGACAACUGUCACGCCGAUAAUGAAAAAGGACGAUCCUCGACGAGCGCCGACACAAGACAAUCUUUAUGAUUACUUUAUAUCGCGUGCGAGAAAUAAUUUGCAUAUCGUUUUAUGUUUUUCACCAGUUGGUGGAAAGUUUAGAUCUCGAGCAUUAAAAUUUCCUGGCCUUAUAUCUGGUUGCACAAUAAAUUGGUUCUUAAGAUGGCCGAAGGAUGCAUUAUAUGCAGUCGGUGAAUAUUUCUUAGACAAAUAUAAGGUCAUAUGUAGUUCAGAAGUAAAGCGACAAUUAAUGCAAGUUGUAGGUGAUAUUCAAGAUGACGUAAGCGACACAUGUGCAGAUUAUUUUGACAGGUUUCGACGUCAAGUAUAUGUGACUCCAAAAUCAUUUUUAACAUUUCUCGAUAGUUAUAAAAUGCUAUAUAAGCAACGUUUAGAUAACAUUAAUAUGCUUACUUCUCGUAUGACUGGUGGUCUAAGCAAAUUAAUUGACGCUGCAGUUCAUGUUGAUAUAUUACGGAAAGAAUUGGAAAAAAGUCAAGAAGAAAUUGCAGCGAAGAAUGUGCAAGUAGAAGAGAUUCUUGUUAAUGUGAACGAGAAAAAAAAAGAUGCUGAGAGUGUGAAAGCAAAAGUGCAAGUGUCAAAAGAUGAAGCGGAAGCGAUUCUACAAGUGAUUUCUAAAGAUAAGGCUGUGGCGGAACAAAAAUUAAAAGCAGCGGAGCCUGCCUUGUUAGAAGCUGAAGCUGCGUUACAGACUAUAAAAGCAGCAGAUAUCGCUACUGUUCGUAAAUUGGCUAAACCGCCGUAUUUAAUUACAAUUAUAAUGGACUGCGUUCUGAUUUUAUUUGGAAGAAAGUUAGAACCAGUCAAACCUGAUUACGAACAUCAAUUUCUAACACCUUCAUGGGGAGAAUCCUUAAAGAUGAUGGCUGAUACUAGAUUUUUAUAUAAUAUACAAAAUUUUCCAAAAGAUAAUAUAAAUGCUGAAACUGUCGAUUUAAUGUUGCCGUAUAUAAAUUAUCACAUGUAUACUUACGAAGCUGCAAAACAAGCUUGCGGAAACGUAGCGGGUCUCUUACAAUGGACUAUCUCUAUGGUUGCUUUUUAUGAAAUUAAUAAAGACGUACUACCUUUAAAGGCAAAUCUUCUUGUACAAGAAAGUAAACAUCAGAAAGCCAACAAAAAUUUACUUAAGGCGGAAGGACAGCUGAAAGAAAAAGAUGACGCUUUAAAACUCGUGCAAAGUGAAUUUGAUGCCGUGAUGCAGGAACGACAAAUAAUUGUUGACCAAGCUGCGGCUUGUCAAGCCAAAAUGGAUACCGCGGCUGCUAUGAUUGAAGGAUUAUCCGGGGAAAGAAUAAGAUGGACGGAGCAAGUAACUGUAUUUAAAUCAGAAACAGAACGUCUUGUCGGAGAUGUAUUGGUACUUACCGCAUUUCUUUCCUACUGCGGACCAUUCAAUCAAGAAUUUCGAGUUCUUUUGCAGAGAAAAUGGUUUGACUUUAUACAAGACAGAAAGAUUCCAAUUUCUGUUACCAUAAAUAUUGUUCAUAUAUUGGCAGAUACAGCUCUGAUCGGCGAGUGGAGUUUGCAAGGUUUGCCGACCGACGAAUUAUCUGUUCAAAAUGGGAUAAUUGUGACGAAAGCAUCGAGAUAUCCUCUUUUAAUUGAUCCACAAUUGCAAGGCAAAACAUGGAUAAAAAAUAAAGAAAUGAAUUUUAAUUUACAAGUAACAUGGUUUACGCACAAAUACUUUAGAAAUCAUUUAGAAGAUUCUGUAUCGUUAGGACGACCGUUGUUAAUCCAAGAUGUAGAAGAAGACAUAGAUCCAGUGUUAGAUAAUUUGCUGGAAAAGAAUUUUAUAAAAAUGGGAUCUUCCUUAAAGGUUAAAUUAGGCGACAAAGAAGUGGAUGUUAGCAGGGAUUUUAGACUUUAUAUUACAACAAAGCUGCCAAAUCCUUUUUAUACUCCCGAAAUAUUUGCUCGUGCAUCUGUAAUUGAUUUUACUGUUACUAUGAAAGGCCUAGAAGAUCAACUUUUAGGAAGAGUCAUUCUAACAGAAAGAAAGGAAUUGGAGACAGAAAGAACGCAACUGAUUGCCGAUGUAACCGCAAAUAAUCGAAAGAUUAAAGAAUUGGAAGCGAGUCUUUUACAUAGAUUGGGAACUGUUCAUGGCCCUUUGAUAGAAGACGUUGAAUUAAUGGAAGUAUUAAACACUACGAAGCAGACAGCGGAGGAAAUAAAUGAAAAGCUGACUAUCGCAAAGGAUACGGAAUUAAAAAUCGAUACAGCACGCGAAGAAUUUCGACCGAUCGCAACGCGUGGUAGCGUUUUAUAUUUCUUGAUAUGUGACAUGCCACACGUCAACUGCAUGUAUCAAACGUCCCUCGUUCAAUUCUUAGAACGAUUUGAUAUCUCCAUGGAAAGGUCCGAGAAGAGUCUAAUCAAUCAAAGAAGGAUAGCUUAUAUUAUCGAGUACCUAACGUAUGAAAUAUUUAAGUACAAAGCACGAGGACUCUACGAGAUACAUAAAUAUAUGUUUAUUCUGUUGAUGACAUUAAAAAUCGAUCUACAACACGGCAGCAUUUCGCACGAAGAGUUUCAAUAUUUUAUUAAAGGCGGCGCAGCGCUGGAUCUAAAAGCAGUCGAACCAAAACCUUGCAAAUGGAUUACGGAUGUGACAUGGCUUAAUUUGAUUGCACUCUCGUCAUUGCGACAAUUUCAGUACAUUGCAGCUCAAGUGCCCGCUUCCGAGAAAACUUGGAGACAUUGGUUCGAUAAAGAUGCACCAGAGGAGGAAGUUAUACCAGAUGGUUAUAACACAUUGGACACAUUCCGACGAUUGCUCUUAAUUAGAGCUUGGUGCAUGGAUAGAACGUUGUCGCAAUCUAGGAAAUACAUAGCAUCUUCCUUAGGAGCGAAAUACGCAGAGCCUGUGAUUACGCUUUUGGAAGUGAUGCAUAGCGAGUCAAGGCCAAACACGCCAAUGAUCUGUUUCUUAAGUAUGGGAUCGGAUCCUACGCAUAGUAUCGAGCAACUCUCUAAGAGAAUGGAGAUUGUUUGUAAAAGUGUAUCAAUGGGACAGGGUCAAGAAAUUCAUGCUCGUCGAUUGCUCAAUAACGCGAAAACUGAAGGUUUUUGGGCAUUAUGUCAGAAUUGCCAUUUAGGCUUAGAAUACAUGAUGGAAUUGGUGAACUUUCUUUUGGAGAUGGAAGCACCUCAUCCGGAUUUCCGCGUAUGGAUCACGACGGAACCGCAUAAAGACUUUCCCGUUUCCUUGCUGCAAAUGUCUAUAAAAUAUACAUACGAAUCUCCGCAAGGCAUACGCGCUGGUUUGUUGGCGACGUAUAGUGGCAUGAAUCAGGAAAUGCUGGAUCAAUGCGACGCUCCGCAAUAUAUACCGCUAAUAUACACCGUGUCUUUUCUGCACACGAUUGUUCAGGAAAGACGGAAAUUCGGUCCUCUGGGAUGGAGUGUGCCUUACGAAUUCAAUUUGGCCGACUGGUUGGCAUCCUGUAUGUUUAUAAAUAAUCAUUUGAAUGAUUACGAUUUGAAGCGCGGUAUAAAUUGGCAGAUUGUGCGUUAUAUGAUAGGUGAAGUGCAAUACGGCGGACGUGUUACAGACGAUUACGAUAAAAGACUGUUAAAUACUUUCGCGAAAGUGUGGUUCUUAGAUGCGCUUUUUACGGAAGGUUUCGUUUUUUACAAGGGUUAUCCUCUCUUGGUAUUUAAGCAAGUGAGCGAUUAUCUACAGGCAAUAGAUGCCAUGAGUACCAUAGAUCCGCCGCAAGUAUAUGGCUUACAUCCAAAUGCAGAUAUUACAUAUCAGAGUAACACUACGCAGACUGUACUGGAUACAAUAAUAUCUAUACAGCCGAAAGAAGCGGGUGUUGUUGGAGCAGAAUCCCGGGAGGUGGUUGUUACGAGACAGGCAAAGGAAAUGCUGGAAAAAGUUCCAGUAGUGUAUGACAUGUUUCAGGUUAAAGACAGAUUACGCGCAAUGAAUCAUGUUGCUCCGAUGAAUAUUUUUCUAAAGCACGAGAUCGACAGAAUACAAGUAGUUAUAAAAUUGGUCCGCGCUACACUCAAAGAUCUUUUGUUGGCUAUAGAAGGUGUAAUUAUAAUAAGUGAGGAAUUGCGAGAUGCUCUCGAUAAUAUAUACGACGCGAAAAUACCAAAAAUCUGGAAAGCUCGAUCAUGGGAGUCCGUUUCCUUGGGCUUCUGGUUUACGGAAUUAUUAGAGAGAAACCAACAAUUUUCGACUUGGCUGCAGACUGGAAGACCGGCAAAGUUUUGGAUGACCGGAUUUUUCAAUCCGCAAGGAUUUUUAACGGCCAUGAAACAGGAAAUAACGCGGGCUCAUAAAUGGGCUUUGGAUAAUGUUACGCUUCAUAAUGAAGUUUUGCGUACUAUUGCAGAGGAGAUCAAAACACCGCCAGCUGAAGGUGUUUACAUCUAUGGAUUAUUUCUGGAAGGUGCCGGUUGGGAUAGAAGAAAUAAUCGUUUAUGUGAAUCGGCAAAUAAAGUUCUUUACGUAUUAAUGCCGGUAAUACAUAUUUUUGUUUUACAUAAUGCUCCAGAGAAGAGUCCGAAAUUGUAUCAGUGUCCCGUAUAUAAGAAACCUCAGAGAACUUACAUAUUAUUAGUAACACCACUUUGGCUGCAAACUAUAAAAAGUCCUGAUUUUUGGAUAUUACGUGGUGUCGCUCUGUUAUGUGAUAAUAAAUAA